CCGAAGUAUCAUACAGAUUUCAUCAGAUAUGACAUACGCGCCGUCCAGGAAAGAGAAAUCAUCAGAUUCCUUUAGAUCACUUACGCAAAGAUGACGGCAAACAACGCGCUGACAAUGACAGUGGAUACUCUACAGCCGAUUCGAGUUUAAUUUCAGAACAGGUAGUCAUCACAGUAACCAGACCCGUUUUAGUGAUGGCUUCAGCGAACUCUUGCUUCUUGCACUGCUCCUCUCAAGGCACAGGCGUGCGACUAGACAUUAGCCUAAGUCCGGUCCCUUCAAGUGUUAGCCCUACCUGUUGUGUCGCAUUGGGGGAAGAACAUGGUAAACUGAGAGAGGAAUUAGACGAGUUGUACAAGGAUUACACGGUUCUACAAUCUGAUCUGCAGAGGCGGGUAGAAGAAGGGAAGGAGAAGGAGAAACGGUUAUUGGACCUCCAGGGAGCCGUGUCAGAGUUCAUAUCCAAGGGUCUGAGAGUUCAUUUAAGGAAACGCCAAGAGACUCGUCCACAUGACUGCAGUGAUAGGGUGGACCAAUCUCCUAAUGACUCACAGACUGACAGAGCUGAAUUGCCACCGGACAGGAAUUACACCGAAAAGUUGAUGUCUGAACUGGACGAAAUCCACAGAAGAGUCAUCAUGUUGGAAGAAGAGAAUAGAGUUUUACGGGGUCUUAGUACGAAUGGUAAGGGGAAAGAGUUUGAUUUGUCUCUCUCUGUUGAAGCGUUGUCACCUGAUCUGGGCAAAGUUCCACAACAGUGUCAAAGCAAACUGCAAAGCAGGAAAGAGGAUGAGGUGAUGAUGUCAGAGAAGAAGAUCAAAGAAAUGGCUGAUGAAAAUCAACACCUUCAUUCCAGUGUCGAGCAAGCCAUCAUGCUAGCUGCUCUCUGGGAGAAUCGUUGGCGUUCUUGUAACGAAAAAACACAACGAUUGGAGCAAUGUCUCCAGGUACUUAAACAAGAUCAGCAAAACACAGAGUGGGAUUGGCGCCCUUGGGAAUUGAACGAGGGUCCAGACGUCAGACCAGUAUCUUCAAGAUUUCGGAAAGAGGUGUGCCAGAUGGCAGAAUGCCAGAAUUGCCGGCGAUUCUUUGAAGGCAGCGAAGCUGAAGGUGAUUUGUGUCAGUACCACACCCAGCGGCCGCUGUUCGUGACCGAGUGGCAGAGUCUCUUUCCUUGGCUGAACCACGACGCCAUUAUGCAGUACCAGGAUUACAGAUUUUGGCCAUGCUGUGGCGUCUUGGCUAAAAAAACACCAAACGGGUGUAGAGUUGGCCAACAUGUAAUAAAGCCUUAAGUGAACAAUCAGCUUGUUGUGGAGGUUUAGUUUCGCCGAAAUCGCCAAUCUAUACUUGUGUUGAUUUUGGUCCACCUGUAAAUUGCAUGUCCGAAAUUUUCCCCACUGUUGGACCGUUUGUUAAUCAAAUUGCAGUGAAUGUCCGACAACGAACUGCCGUUGUUGAAUCAUAUAGGCCUAUGCAACACAAAGCUUGUUGAAACAUGUGCCUUUUUGUCUUGUAUAUAAGAUUUUUUUUUCAUAUAGUUUAUCUAAAGCCUAUGAAUCCCAAAUUCGACAGAGUAAGUUACGGACGCCCAGUCUAAUAUAUUUAUUUACUCCAAGGCUACAUACUGUCAGAAACCUGCAAUAAAGGCUUUCAUUGGAUGCAUGCUUUUUUAAUCAGUCCUGAAAUUUUUUUUUGAACCAGUAUAGUGAACCAUAUUAGUGACCCAUAUAAUCAGGGGCACCCGCAUGAAUAUACUGACGUAAGGAAAAUAGGAUGACUCGAAAUGUCUGACUUGAACCUUUGUGGUUAUUUACCGUGUGUACCAAACCUUUUGAUUCAGACAGACCCAACCCUUUUGUGCAGUGUAUAAAAUCUCGUUAACAAAUGUUGUGUUUUGAAAAAACAUUGUAGCAUUGUGAACGAGUGCAAUUUCAUCUACAGUUAACCCCAAUGACCAACCACAAGCAGGAACUUUUGAAAGUAAAAGACUAUGAAAAAACAUGGAUUCCUAUGACCGCGUGAAAAAGAUUUCUGUGACGCCGUUUAAAGGGUAGUUUUACAUGGUAAUAAUUUUAUAAUUAAGUUUUAUAAUUAACUUCUGGAGCAGCAGGUUCCACAAUCUCUAACAGAUAUAGUAAUAUAUGGAUACAAAAUAUUGAAUAUUUACCCCUUCUUGACAACUGUACUGUAAAGUUUAUACUGUGGCCUGCGGACAAAACUUUCUAUCACCUCCCAUGCGUGUACACAUGUACAUGUAUCUCCAUCAUCGACGGCCAUAUGCUUUUUUUUUUUUUGCAUGAUUGAUUUUAUGUGAAGAUAUUUAUAUUAUGCUGAUAAACGACAGGCGUAUAGGCUAUAUCUUCCGGCAAUUGUAAAUCCGUGAAUGGAUCUACAACUAGUGAGGACCAUGUUUAUAAUGUAACUGUCAAGACGAUGGCAAUCUCUGUCCUUGCAAUUACAUGAGGAAAUCGAAGAAUUACGAAAAAAUCUUUCAUUUGUCAUUUAGAAAGUGAUUUUUUUAAGUAAACAGUGUUAUAGUUAUUGGGGAUUAUACGGUCUAAAUAAAACACACAUUCCAAUAGUGGGGUCCGCACCCGUGAUCUCAGUGUCAGACACCAAAUCGCCACUAAUAUGCAUGUCAACCCUCAAGACCACUACGACGAAGACGCAUUACCACGUUGAUGAUCCCAAAGGACACCCCAGCCUUAGCUGAGUAUAUCAGACUGGUAUAAAUAUCGUUCAGAAAGUGGAUUUUUAAAUCACAGAAUUAUCUUUAAUAGGAAUUAUGCAUUUUCUGAUCAACACAGGGGUAUAAUGCAUGUUCGCCGUGACAAGUUUACAUGUCAGCUAUUUGCGGUGUCAAGAAAAGGUAAUUCGUAUAAUUUUAAACGAUAUUGCUGUUACUUAGCGUUGUUGUUGUUAGGGCUUGUAUAUGCAUGGCUCCAUACUUGUUUCUUGUAAAUACAUGGUGUGAAGAAAAGCCUUCGUGGAAAUCCAUGGGUUCAACAUUCUCAGUGUGCAUGACGCAUAGCCUACUCUUGUAUGAAUAUGUCAUCUAGCUUUCCAAAACGUUGACAAUAACAACAAUGAUAUAAUUGUGAUAACCUAUGCACCUGAUGACAGGGAGUGAUUAUGUCUACCACUAUGUCAAUAUAAUGUCCGUUGAUUGCUUCUUGAAAACACGUAUCCUGUGUCAUAAAAAACAUGUAUGUACAUAGACCUAUAUAUCUGAAUGAAAUGGCUUUGUAGUGAUAAUGGUCCUUGAACAGAACAGUGAAUUGUGAGUUUAUUUCAAAUAUGGUACACAAUCAUGGUGUAACAGUUAUUGAUACUGCGUAUCUUUAUGUGUAUUUCUGUUGUUUUACCUGUCUGUAUAUACGCAUGUUAAUGUGCUGCUCAAUUUGAAUUUUGUUGUUGUUGUUAUAUAUAGGCGUUGUUGUUUCAAAUCAAUAUGCUAGGGCCUUCACAUUUUCUGUCACUGUCAUUCAAUAAUAACUGCAGUGGAUCUGAAUUAAUUAAAUUUUCUAUUCCACAUGUAUAUAGGCAUGUUAUAGUAGACACCUUCAAUUUGCAUUGGUUGUUAUAAUCAGUAUUUUUUGAUAUGUCGAUCUGUAUGAUUCGAAGCAUUUCUAAAGUCAGCAUUGUCGUCUAUGGCAUGAGCAUGGCACUCAUCUGUUAUUAAAAUCAACCGUACUUGUAUUGAGGAGGUUUGUUCCUAGUGAAGGUCUAUGGUUAAUCCGGGCAAUCCGGUUUUCCCCACCCACAAAUCUUACCGCCAUCUUGAAAAAUUCUAGAGCGCAGCGUUAAACACUCAUGAGAUAAAUAAAAAUAAAAAAAAAACGAUUUACAUGUGUGUUAACUUUAACAGACCCAUGUGCACGAAAAAUGAGAUUUCAAAUUUCAGAUGUGAGGCUAAUAGGCACAAAUGAAUUCUUGCAUUUUUGUUUAAUUUUUUGUUACAAUUUGAAUGUUGACGUUUCCAUAAUAAAGUAUGACUAAACAUGA